GUGAAACCCCGCCCUCGGCUCUCUGACGUCACGGUAGCGCCUCCUGUUAUUAAAUACGGUCCUGAAAAUCCAGCCUGCCGUCACUUCCAAAAAAUUAACGCUAAGAAAGGUGCUAACUUGAAACAUGCUGGCACACGCUGCAGCUGUCCUGGGUUUUGCCCUGGCACUAACCGUGAAUGUGGCCUCAGCAGAACAGCCUCACGAUGGGAAGAACUGGGUCUUAAUUGUGGCAGGCUCCAACGGCUGGUACAACUAUAGACACCAGGCAGAUGUUUGUCAUGCAUAUCAAAUUGUCCAUAAGAAUGGCAUUCCGGACGAGCAGAUUGUUGUAAUGAUGUAUGAUGACCUGGCACAGAAUGAAGCUAACCCAACCCCCGGAGUGGUGAUCAACAGACCCAAUGGGACUGAUGUGUACAAAGGAGUUCCAAAGGACUACAUUGGAGAAGUGAGUGCUUGACUAGCAUGUGCACUUAACUGGUGAAACACGAUUCUUUUAAU